UCUCUCUCUCAUCAACUCUACGCGUUCUUGUUUUUCUUCUUUGUUCAUAUAUACCAAGAAAAUCAACGUAGACUUUCAAUAUCUCACCUCGUCUCACCAUUUCUCUAAGCAACCUCUCUUCUUUCCUCCAUUCUCAAACAAACCCAGAAAACCAAAAUCAUUGCUGUUCUAUCUAGCAUGCCUCACCGAUUGGUCUCUGUUCUCAUAUUUGUUUCUCUGUUUCUCUCCCCCGUCUUCGCCAUUCGAUUGUUUCCCGAGAAAGUGACAGAAAAUUUGAGUUUCCAUGACGGAUUUCAAUUUAAUGAAGCACCCGUAUAUAGAAAUGGACCCGAAUGUCAAAUUCCAGUAUCGAACAACUCAUCAUCGACCUGUGCUUCGUUUCUCGUUCACAUCGCAAUGACACUCGAUGCUAAGUACUUGAGAGGUUCCAUGGCCGCGAUUUACUCUGUUCUCAAGCACACAUCGUGCCCAGAAAACGUUUACUUCCAUUUCGUCGCCUCCGAUUCCAACACCCCCAAUCCCACCGAAUUGACCCAAAUCGUCAAAUCCACAUUCCCAUCUCUACCCUUCAAGGUUUACUCAUUCAACGAAGGAGUCGUGAAAAGUUUGAUCUCGUCUUCAAUCAGACAAGCUCUCGACAACCCAUUGAACUACGCGAGAUCAUACAUAGCUGACAUUAUCGAACCCUGCGUAAACCGCGUGAUCUAUCUAGACUCCGAUAUCAUCGUUGUUGACGACAUUCAGAAGCUCUGGUCCAUCGCUUUAACUGGGUCAAGAGUAAUCGGAGCUCCAGAGUACUGCCAUUCGAAUUUCAAGAAAUACUUCACCGAUGAGUUCUGGUUUGAUUCGAAGUUGUCAAUGGCGUUUGAAGGGAAGAGACCGUGUUAUUUUAACACGGGUGUGAUGGUGAUGGAUUUGGGGAGGUGGAGAGAAGGGAAUUACAAGGUGAGGAUAGAGAAAUGGAUGGAGGUACAGAAAGAGAAGAGAAUAUAUGAAUUGGGUUCAUUGCCACCAUUUUUGCUAGUGUUUGGUGGAGAUGUUGAGUCAAUUGAUCAUAGAUGGAACCAACAUGGGCUUGGUGGGCACAAUGUGGUGAGUAGUUGCAGGAAUUUGCAUCCGGGUCCGGUUAGUCUUUUGCAUUGGAGUGGAAAAGGGAAGCCAUGGGCGAGGCUCGAUGCCGGAUCUCCAUGCUUAGUUGAUCAUCUAUGGGCACGUUAUGAUCUCCAUAGAACCCAUUUCCAACGUCAUGAACAGCUGUAGACGAUUGAUAAUUUUUUCAUUCUUUUUCCUACCUCAUUCUUGAGGAUUCAUUUGUAUAUAUCUAUACAGAUUACAAACUGAGUUAUACAGCAUUUGCGGCCUCUAAAACAUUUUUCUUGUAAUGAUUAUUGUCUUAUUUCUUUGAGAUUUAGGAAUGCUAUUUUUUACAAAAACACAUUGAACAAAGAAGAGGAU